UCUCCCUUAGAAUCUUUCAGAUCAGCUGUUCUUCGCGUAGCUCCGCUAAAAAAUUAAUAAAAUAAUUAAAAUUUCCGUCUAAUAAUCAUCGACAAGUGUCAAAGUUAAUAAUUAAAUAUAAAUUAACAAUAAAAAUUACCAAUGAGUGUAAAAAAAGUGUCAAAAAUGUCUGAAAAAGCAAAAAUAAUAAUUUUUUACAAAAAUAGUGUCCUGCGGUCGCAUCUAGCGGCGAACAUAGUAACUAUCACCGUGGAAUUCUAGCAUUACAAUCAGUAUCAGUGGAUGUGGAGAUUCAUAUCAGUGCGAGUGCUCAACCCGAACCCAGUUUGUCAGUUGACGUCCACGCGAGCUGUCAGCUGACGGGAAAUUUCUAAGUUGUUCGCGGUAUUUUGUUUAUUUUGUUUUUUAAUUAUUUAAACAGUUUUAAUAAUUAUAAUGAUAUUUUGAUUACUUAGAAAUGAAAAAUCAUUGGGAGCAAUAACAGUAGCAGUGAUUAUGUGCCGCGUUAAAAUAAAAAUGCAAUGCGGUACAUUAUUUACUAAUCCGAGUGGUAAUUCUCCGUCACUAAUAUUUUCAUUGGCUGGUUUUUAUUUUUUUUUUAUCGCAAGUCUUGGGUGCUCGCUUUGCUGUGCUAAUGGAAUAUUUCAUGACAUCAAGUGCAGUCAUCAACAUCCUAGACCACACGAGGUGGUUCAUGGAGUCCACAUUGAGCCGGCGCAUGAAGUGAAGAAGCGCAGUAUAAACCAGCCACUGAGGAUCCUGCUUUUCUACGAUGAGAGUGUCUAUCGACUCGAUGCGGAAAAGUUUGAUCUAAUCAAUAACACUAUUUUACCCGAGGCAGUGCAUUUCUGGGAGCGAACAUUGAUGGUUAGAGAAACUAAGAAUACUAUCCGCCUUAACCGGAAAUGUGAGAGCAGCCGGGUGUUUGUAAAAGACCACCACACCUACUGCAUUGAUACUUGUCGAGCGGUUACUAUGUGUGGCGAGGUUGUUGUACCGAAAGAGCAUCUUGAUGUUUGUCGUGUCUGCAACGCAACUGGACAAAAAUGCCAAGUCCAGGAUUACAGUAGCGCUGGAGCGGGGAUAGAUGGCGCUGAUUUCGUGUUUUACGUGUCGGCGCUGCAAUCGGAGCGGUGUCACAAUGGACUAACAGUUGCCUAUGCAGCCCACUGCCAACAAGAAGCUGCUCUUGACAGGCCUAUUGCAGGACACGCGAAUUUGUGCCCCGGAAGCAUCAGCACGAAGCCUCAGGAGCUGGAAACUCUUUUGAGCACAGUCAAACACGAAAUUCUGCACGCUUUGGGGUUCUCUUUGAGUCUUUACGCGUUUUAUCGCGACGAAAAUGGAGAACCUAGGACGCCAAGACGGAGCGAAACAGGGAAGCCACAGCUUAAUGAAAAGCUACAGACUCAUCAGUGGAGCGAAAACACGAUAAGAACAGUGGUGAGGCCGCAGUGGCACGUAAGAGGCGGGACCGUCAAUCGCUCGAUGCAGAUGAUCGUCACCCCGCGUGUCCAGGAGGAAGUUCGCGCCCAUUUCAAGUGUCCCAGUUUAGAGGGCGCUGAACUGGAGGACCAAGGCGAGGACGGUACCGCGUUGACGCACUGGGAGAAGCGUGUUUUCGAGAACGAAGCAAUGACUGGAACUCACACACAAAAUCCAGUCUACUCCCGAAUAACUCUCGCACUUAUGGAGGACACCGGGUGGUACACGGCUAAUUACUCGAUGGCCCAGGAGCUAGGCUGGGGACGCAGAUUGGGCUGCGACUUUGCCAUGAAGUCCUGCAAGGAGUGGAUUACUUCUAGGUCUUCGAGGCUGUCUGAGGAGAAUCCUAAGGGAAAGACAAUACAUCCGUUUUGUAAUAAGGUUAAACAAGAUCCACUACAAACUGAGUGUACUGACGACCGGAGUUCUGUGGCGCUUUGUAAUUUAGUUGAACAUUCACAACCGCUACCGAAGAAAUAUCAGAACUUCGAUUGGAUCCCGCAUGUGCCUCCAGGAAAGGAACAAUACUACGGAGGGUCAGUCUCCCUAGCUGACUACUGCCCUUACAUCCAAGAAUUCACCUGGCGUGCUAAGAACAUCGUGAUCCGCGGUUCCCACUGUCUCUACGAAGAAAACAACCCUCAUCCAGAAAAGAACUUCGCUCUGGAGAACUACGGGCCCUACUCCCGGUGCUUCGACCACACAAACGACAUGUGGGAAGAGCGAACUUGCAAACAAGCCCGCCAGUGGCAGCACUGGGGCUCCGGGUGCUACCAGUACAGAUGCGAGGCCGGAAGACUUCACAUAAUGGUCGCUAAUUUUACCUACACCUGCUACCACGCCGGUCAAAAGCUCACUAUUAAAAUAAUUCAGAACGAGUGGCUCCACAAGGGGGCGCUCAUUUGUCCUCCUUGCAAAGAAAUUUGCCAACAGGAGCUCAAGGAGAAAGGCGAGUGGUGCAAACCAGGGGACGAGCAUCCUCCUUCGACUUUUUAUCACCAAGAUCACUUGCAGUGCUCGGCUGUUGGUAACUUACCGGUAAUUUUACUCACUGUCGGUACAACAGUUUUAUCCUAUGUGAUUUUGAGAUGAUCAAAUUUUAAUUAGUAAUUUUUUAAGGCGCUGUCAUAUCGUAAUUAUAAAUUAGGAAAAUUAAUUUUUGUUUUUAUGUAAUGUAUAUAGUUUUUAAAAAUUGUGUCGGUAACAUUUUUUCAUGGCUCACUUUUUUAUUGGUUAGGUAGGAAAAAAUAUAAAUAAUUUACUUACGGGUGGUAAGAAAGGAAAUUUAUGUGCGGGCAUUUUGUUAUUGGUAGUCAAUUGUACCGAUUGUUGAUCAGUGAUUGUACAUACACAAGUAUUUUAUCUAUUGAUAAUAACAUUUUUUAAAAUUAUUUAUUAAUUUUAAUUUUAAUUUUAACAUUCCGAUUUUUUUUUAAUAUAGUAUAAUUAUGUCAAGUGAUUAAUUAAUUUAUAAGAUUAUAUGAAAGUAUUUAGAGUAGUUUGGUGCCAUUUUGUUCGAUGUUAUUAUUAAUUUUUAUUUAUU